CGAGGACACCGAGGCCGCGGCCCCGCCUCCGCCCCGCCCCGCGCCCCGCCGGUCGGGGCCCCGAGCUCGGAGCAGCGCCGGGGCCGCGCCGCAGCCGCAGCCGGAAAUCAGGCCCGCGCGGCGGCCGCCGUCCCGGCCCGAGCCGGGACCCGACGCCGGAGCCGGAGCCGGCCGAGCCCCCGCGGGUCAUGGCGGGGCCCCGGGGCGCGCUGCUGGCCUGGUGCCGCCGCCAGUGCGAGGGCUACCGCGGCGUGGAGAUCCGCGACCUGAGCAGCUCCUUCCGGGACGGCCUGGCCUUCUGCGCCAUCCUGCACCGGCACCGGCCCGACCUGCUAGACUUCGAGUCACUUUCCAAGGACAAUGUCUUCGAGAAUAACCGUCUGGCCUUUGAAGUGGCCGAGAAGGAGCUGGGGAUCCCUGCUCUCCUGGACCCCAGUGACAUGGUCUCCAUGAGUGUCCCCGACUGCCUCAGCAUCAUGACCUACGUGUCCCAGUAUUACAACCACUUCUCCAGUCCUGGCCAAGCCGGUGUCUCACCACCUAGAAAGGACCUGGCACCCUGCUCCCCGCCAUCUGUAGCACCCACUCCAGCGGAACCAGGAGACGGGGCUCAGGGCGAGGAGCUCUCAGGCAGCCUGUCGGAGCAGGGUGCCCACCAGACCCCCAGCAGCACGUGUGCGGCCUGCCGGCAGCAUGUACACCUGGUGCAGCGGUACCUGGUCGAGGGCAGGCUGUACCACCGGCACUGCUUCCGGUGUCGGCAGUGCUCCAGCACCCUAGUUCCUGGGGCUUACAGGAAUGGACCUGAGGAAGGUACCUUUGUGUGUGCAGAACACUGUGCCCGGCUGGGCCCAGGGGCACGGUUGGGAGCCAGACCAGGGCCCCCCCAACAGCCAAAGCAGCAGCACCAGCAGCAACUCGCGGAAGAAACCAAGGAUGUCCUGGGAGGCAGCCCCAGCCCCAGUGUGGCUGCAGGGGAAGAGGCAGACGGACCCAAAGCCAGCCCCAAGGCCCGGCCCCAGAUCCCCACCAAGCCCCGGGUUCCUGGCAAACCCCUGGAGCUGGCCAGCCCCCCGGCUAGCCGCCCCACACCUGCCCCCAGGAAGGCUUCUGAGAGCACAGCCCCGAUGCCCCCGACGCCGCGGCCCCGCUCCAGUCUACAGCAGGAGAACUCGGUGGAGCAGCCGGUGGGCAGUGGCCUAGUGAACGGAAGACUGCACGAACCACCUGUCCCCAAGCCGAGAGGGACACCCAAGCCAUCUGAGGGGACGCCGGCUCCCAGGAAGGACCCCCCCUGGAUCACACUGGUGCAGGCAGAGCCAAAGAAGAAGCCGGCCCCUCUCCCGCCCAGCAGCAGCCCUGGGCCGCCAGGCAGGGACAGCAGGCAGGUGGAGAAUGGAGGCGUGGCAGAGGUGGCCCAGCCGAGCCCAGCGGCUAGCCUGGAGCCCAAGCCCUAUAACCCCUUUGAGGAGGAGGAGGAGGAAGAAGAGUCCCCGUCUGGACCCAGCCUGGCCACCAGCCCUGCCCCGGCCCACCCGGAGUCCACGCCCAAGUCCCUGCACCCCUGGUACGGCAUCACCCCCACCAGCAGCCCCAAGACAAAGAAGCGCCCCGCCCCCCGCGCACCCAGCGCAUCUCCACUCGCUCUCCACGCCUCCCGCCUCUCGCACUCGGAGCCACCCUCGGCCACGCCGUCGCCAGCCCUAAGCGUGGAGAGCCUGUCAUCUGAGAGCUCCAGCCAGACUGCUGGCGGCGAGCUUCUGGAGCCGCCAGCUGUGCCCAAGAGCUCCUCAGAGCCUGCUGUCCAUGCCCCUGGCACCCCUGGAAACUCUGCCAGCCUCUCUGCCAACUCCUCCCUGUCCUCCUCUGGGGAGCUGGUGCAGCCCAGUGUGGCGCAGAUGCCUCCAGCCAGCCCUGGCCUCGCCCCCAAGACCGGGGGCGGCCUAGCUCCCCUGCCAGCCAAGCCCUGCAGUGGUGCUACUGCAACCCCUCUCUUGUUGGUUGGAGAUACGUGCCCUGCGCCUCCCCCUGGAACCUCGUCCCCACAGCUGCAGCUCAAGUCUUCCUGCAAGGAGAAUCCUUUUAACCGGAAGCCAUCACCCGCAGCCUCCCCAACCACAAAGAAGGCCACCAAAGGAUCCAAGCCAGUGCGGCCACCUGCCCCAGGACACGGAUUUCCUCUCAUCAAACGCAAGGUCCAGGCUGACCAGUACAUCCCCGAGGAGGACAUCCACGGAGAGAUGGACACCAUUGAGCGCCAGCUGGAUGCCCUGGAGCACCGUGGGGUCCUGCUGGAGGAGAAGCUGCGCGGUGGCGCGAAUGAGGGCCGUGAGGACGACAUGCUGGUGGACUGGUUCAAGCUCAUCCAUGAGAAGCACCUGCUGGUGCGGCGGGAGUCCGAGCUCAUCUAUGUCUUCAAGCAGCAGAGCCUGGAGCAGCGCCAGGCUGACGUCGAGUACGAGCUCCGGUGCCUGCUCAACAAGCCAGAAAAGGACUGGACAGAGGAGGACCGGGGCCGGGAGAAGGUGCUGAUGCAGGAGCUUGUGACCCUCAUCGAGCAGCGCAACGCCAUCAUCAACUGCCUGGACGAGGACCGGCAGAGGGAAGAAGAGGAAGACAAGAUGUUGGAAGCCAUGAUCAGGAAGAAAGAGUUCCAGAAGGAGGCUGAACCCGAGGGCAAGAAGAAGGGGAAGUUCAAGACCAUGAAGGUGCUGAAACUGCUAGGAAACAAGCGUGAUACCAAGAGCAAGUCCCCCGGGGACAAGAGCUAACAGUGAGGGAAGCCAGCCAGGGACUGCCACCGCUCCCGGACCAGCCCCUGGGUUGCGCUCUGCCGGAGGGGGUCACGCACCUCCCUCAGAUCAGUGCAGAGGAAAGGCGACUUAAGGGAAGGGAGCCUCUAGGUGACGGCCUCUCCCUCCUCAGGGUCCUCCAGCUAGGCUGGGCCAAAGAAUCCUCUUCCCUCCUCUCUGAGCCCCAGGCAGCUGUGACUCACCCCUCCCUGUCUGAUUCCAAUGACUCCCGAUGUGGUGACUGACCUGAGGGGCAAACGGAUUCCAGCGUCCAGGGAGGAGCAGCGGCCGAGCACGUCUGCUCCCUUGUCCUGCCCAUCCCCUGCCGUGAUGCGGCAGCUGCUUGGUCCCUCCUCCCUCUGUGCCACAUCCAGCUGGGAUUCUUGGCUCUCAGAGUUCUGCCCGUGGUGACCUCUGGCCUGGGUCUCCCACCUCCAGGGUUCUGCUCCUCUUGGCAGGCCAGCAAGCUGGGCUCGGCAACACUGGCUUCCUCCUGCCCCAGCCCUGGCUCUGAGUCUCUGUCUUCCUGUCCAGUGCGGGCGCCCCUGACUCCCAGGGUCUCCUCACUCAGGAGCUCUAUUUGUGAAGUGUCUCGUUAAGUUUGGGUUCGCUGCUGAGUGGUCUGUGCUGUCAGACACUAUGGCCCUCAAGGGCAAAUCCCUGCCCUCCCUUUCUUCCUCAGAGUCCUAGGGCGCUUUCCUCAUCGUCUCCCCUCAUUGUCUGGGGAACCUCACCUCCCAGGGCCAUGCUGGGGCAGGUGGUGCCUGCGGGACUCCCCCAGUGCUGAGUCCCCCAGGAAGGGCCUCUGGUUCCUGAUCAUCAGUCUAGGGACGGUGCUAAUCCUGGUUCUUUAACUUGUAGUCUGACCCCUAAUGUAGCCUUCCUCCCCGACCCCAGGGCCAGGGGGUGGGGGCCCGUGCCCAUUUGUGGUCACCACUAGUCUGUCUCCUUUCCCCAACGCAUUCCCACCUGAGGACUGACAGCCACUCGCCCCACUGGGACGGCUGUAGGAGAGGAGGAGUGAUGGGGACAACCCCCUUUUCCCCCAGGGAAUGUGCCCGGCAGCCCUUUGUCAAAGCACUGUUGCUAUAAGCUAUCUCUGGGACGCCUCUAGGCCUCCUUCCCUCAACACACCUCUGGGAAAAGAUCACACUGUAUUAACUUGCGAAGAUUUUCCUCGCCAACAAUAAACGGAGACGACCUCAGCUGCCAGUGCCCUGCA